AUGUCGGAGGCUACUCCGAUGCAGACGAACUCCAAGAUCGAGGAGACUUUGUGCGAGAGUACAAUAGACUCGCAGCCAAGCAUGGGCUCCGCCUACUUCCGCCCAACGAUGAUGGCCCUUCGUCGAAGAGGAUGGUUUUCCCGCACAUUCCGGCGCCACCCGUCGGGCGCCAGUAAUGCCAGCUCAGCAAAAUCAGGACGCUCAGAACGAAAAGCAAGCCACAGACGGAGCAUCAGCGAUCUAGCAUCACAGUUGGUACAUCCAGCGAAGCGAGACAUUCUGAAAGACGAAGAUUUGCAAUCCCUGGUCCGUUUGUGCGGCAAGAGCAUGUUCUACCUGCCGUCGGAGUAUGCGCCCAGCUCCUUGAUCCUCCCAACAUGCCUUCGCGCAACCGCCCAAUAUCUCGUCCAACAUGCUACGGAGACACGCGGUGUCUUCAGAAUUCCAGGCUCUGUUAAAGUGGUUGAUGCCCUCUAUGACUAUUACUGUACUGAAGGAGAUCCGGACGAGAUAUCUAGCACCACACGCUGCCCAAACCUCCCGGUCCACGUCAAAGCUGGUGUUCAUGACGUUGCUUCGGCAUUUAAGCGUCUUCUUUCUGGGCUUCCCGGCGGUAUUCUUGGAUCCCUCCCGCUGUUUGACGCUAUGGUCUCCAUACAUAGUCAGUUGAACGGAGAUCCUGAGGCCACGAGAACCAAGCAAACCAAGCUUCGUGCUAGAAUGAUUGCGUUGGCAAUCGGCAGUCUUAGGUCUCAGUUACGUCGUGAGCUGAUAUGUGCAGUUUUUGGCCUCCUGUGCUUGAUCGGACGCGUUGCCGAGAUAGCACCCCGUGAGGAUGACUUUGGCAGACCACUGCCUACAGCUGACUUGAUGGGCUACAAUGCUCUAGGUGUUGUCUUUGGGCCGCUCCUGGUUGGUGAUCUGCUCAACUCUUACUCAAUACGAGGUUCCAGUGUCCAUCUUAUACUCCCCCAAGUGAGCCUACCGCCCAACUGCAAAUGGGAACAGAGGAAGUACAAACAACCAGAGGAGGCUAUGGCCCAUUGUCUCCCAAAUAUGGACAAAGUCCAUGUUGCCAACAGCAUCGCUGAGACGCUUAUAACGAAUUGGCGGGAAGUUGUCAAGCAAAUGAGGAGCCUCGAUGUGUUGAGGGUGGUUGGAUCAGGCAUGACCGAUCAAUGUACUUCACGGAAGGGAUCAUUGCGUGCUUCCGUCUCGGAGCCCUUUGUCUUACGGAGGCCUCUUGAGUCUGAACAGAAUUGUCCGCAGACAUGCCCUUUUCAAGUGUCGGAAUCCCCUCUUCUUCCAAGCCCGACGCCCGAAACUCGUGGACGAGGACUUAGUGGAGGACUACGAGCAAAUAGGCCUCGGCCUUCACUUAUAAUUCCUCGACAGCGUCCAAGACCCUCGCGGUCAUUGUCUCGAGGUCGACUCAAUACGCCUGGGCCUGUAGUGUUACUGUCGCCUACCGUGGAGGAGCCUUCUGGAGGUGGUGCGUCUCUUUCGAAGAGACGAUCAGAAGGCUCGAUUACAUGUGCCGACGAAACAUCAGCUUGCCAACACCGUGAGGGGCAGCAACUUGGCUCUGAGUAUGUCGAAAAGAGACAAACAGGGUCCUUGACUGAAUUACGAACUAUCAAGCCUGAUUCAGACACACCCCGGGCCAUCAGACGUAGGGGUAGCCUGACCAAAAGCUGCACGGAAGGACGCGAUGUCCAUCCGCCGAUCAGCUUCCGCGACAGAAAUGGAAACAAGAGUCAGGGGAAUGCGCCGCAGUCAGUUUUUGAUACGCCAAUGACGAAUACCCCACCCCCGAGGGACCGCGGCUCUGGACCAGAAGACUUAGAGCCGACUUCGAGACCAUCUGUGAGAGCCCAAUCACAGAAUAAAAUGUCUAUAAGCAGUUGCCGAAGUGAUGCAAAUGGAAUCCUUCCAGACGGAAAGGUCAACCUUAAGAGCUCGGGACACAGGUUUUCGAGGUUUCCAGUUUGGAGACGGAGAGAGAGAUCUGACAAAUCGACGGACCCGGUUGAAUCAGCUGCAAAACCUCCCAGUCCCAUCACAACCUCAUCAGGACGCUCUUCUCUCCAAAAAGGUCGACGAAGACUGUCAUUUCACUUGAGGAAAUCGACAACAGCAGCUUCUGAGGAGGAAAGGGCGGAACAGCAAGUCGUUGAUGCUUCUCAUAUUCUAAUGGAGCAUGCAGCCGGUGCUGAGGAGACUCCAAAGCCAAGUGUCAAAACUCACCAUUAUGCUGGCGGCCCUUUUAGCCACUUUGCAACGUUAAGCCGGGCUACUGGCCGCAUAGCUCGAGCAGAUCGAACUCAAGAGGCUCCCGGUAAACCAACAACGGCACACGAUCAAUCACAUGCAAAAUCGCGGGCAAGAUCGUUAGCAUCGAAGAUACCUCGUGCACGGAAAUCCGAUCGGCGACUGACUCGAAGGCCGAGCCGGGAGUCUGCACGUCGCAGUACUAUUUCCAGGAAGAGCACCUUCGAACACACUCUUGCCUCUGUUCCUCCUGAAGUUCAACAUAAAGAAGACCAUGUUAACCCUCACCAGGAGAAGCAUGAGCCAGAGUCCCGGCCAUCGACUGUCCUGAAACAUGACCGCAUGGCUGAUUACACACCACUCACCAUGUCCUUUGAUGGAGAUCUUCGACCACCAACAACCCCCGUAAGACCGCUACCUUACUCCAGCAAGUCUUUCACUGGGAGUGCGGUGAGGGCAAUGGCUGCCAUGUUUGAAACUGCUGCUGCGAAGGACAAAGACCUGAGGAGACCGGAAAUUCUUCCCAUGCCUAUCAAAGCGCCUGGCAAUGUGCUUUCGCAUUAUACCGUUAACCCUCCAUCACCACAGAAACCGCAGUCACCAUCAUUUGGAUCACCCGCACAACGUACUGGUGGCGUAUGGGAAGAUGAAAACAGAGAACAUCCAGAAUAUAAGGGGAACCCAAACAGGAGUUCUGGACGAGGAAGCCAUGACGGGGAGAAUAACGAGGACGACAUUCCAAUGAGUUCAAGCGCGACUGUAGAAAGGAGUUCCAAGAGAUUCGAUGAGUGGAUGAACGAGCAACAAAGCCACGAGCCAUCAAGAAACACUAAAGGGGAAGCCGAUGUGAACAAUACAUUUAUGCACAAGGGAGAUUUUCGAUUGUCUCGGUCAACGGCAAAUGAUGGUGAUAAUAGAAGCAAACUCUUGUUCUGCAAUGAAGCCCAAUACGUACAACUACCACGAUCACCUCAAAUACCCAGGCCUUCCAGCGCGCCCACUGGAUCUCCACAUGCCAUUCGGAGCUCAUGGAUGCCAAUGAAAGUUGACAUAUCACCCCAUUUCCUUCAAAGUGGUAUUAGCCAAAGUUCAGGGCUUCUAAUUCAGCCAACUCCAGCCAUGGACAUGGCUAUCGCGAGCGAUAUCCUGAGUUUUCAAACGCAAAUUCGCCGUCUGCAGAGGCAGCUCGACUUCAAGAUGGAGGAAAACAAUCAUCUCCGCAGCAAGUUGGCAAGCUUUGGUGCAGGACAAUGUAGUCUACCGACAGAAGUCAGCGUACGGCGAAGCACAAGCAUCAAACUGAGCGAGCACUUGCGGCAGACGGAACGCGAGUGUAAAGCGUGGAGAGAUAGAGCAGAAGCGGCGGAGAUGAGAGUCGCAAUUUUGGAAAGGUUACUGAGGAGGAAGAUGGAUGGAGAACCAUAUAAGGAAGAGAGGACAGACUCUGAAGCCAAGGCACCGCCCACUACCCAGCACAUGUUUACAGCGGAAGUUGACCGAAGCAGUGGGACUGUUCGGGAUCGGCUUCGAAAGUUGUAUGGUGUGCUGGACGGCUGCUCUGAAAGUGAUCCCCAUGAAGAGUUGGAGGAGGAGGAGGAGGAGGAGGAAGAAGAAGAAUGUGCUCAGAGGUGUGCUAGUGUCUCGAUAUGGAGUGACGGAGAAGAAGAAGACCAUGGACCGUCCAGUGAUGAACCAAAACGGAACAGGGACAACCAGUGCGUGUCGCAGGAGAAAGAGGCGAAUAUUCAGCAGAAGAAUUUUGUAGGGGAAGGCGAAAGCGAUGAUGCGGAGCAAGGUUUAGACGUAUCAUUUGGGCAUGAAAGUCGUAGACAUCAUCAAGAGACGGAUGAAAAGGUUGAAGAUCAAUUAUCUGCGAUAGUGGGAAGUGAUGUGCAUUAUGAUUAUGAAUGGGUCGAAGAGGAGGAUGCUCAUGAGCGAGACGAUACAAGAACAGAACUGGGAAAAAGGCUGGCCCGGUGCGCAAACAUCAAUCUUCUCGGAUGGAAGACAUGCCAGUAUUGCGAGGAGGGGUUGGCAGAGGGCGAAGCGAAGUCGGAAGGGAUGGCACUGAUGGGUAAGCGGAUGGCGGAUGAUGAUAAGAAUGGGGAGGAAGAGGAAGAGGAAGAGGAAGAGGAAGAGGAAGAGGAAGAGGAAGAGGAGCGAGAGUGUGACAAACAUCGAUUUGUGGAUAUAAUGGAGCAUGCGGAGAUGCGAAUCGAGUAA